UCCAGUCAGCUCGGCUUGCGCCAUGCAACUCAAACAAUCCGACGGGCUCGUUCCACGAGCCAGUAGAAUUAUCUUGUGGACAACGCUGAGGUAGGGUACGUAGGGGGCCCCCUGUUUGGUAUGUUGUGUGGAGUGAGGAGAGAUAUAGUUUGAGAGACUAGCACAUGUUGCCCUUCAGCUACCUUAUAUAGUAGCCGUCUGCCCUGAAUUUACACACGCAAGACCAUAGAAGACAACGCCAGAACAAGCCAAACAUGGGUAGCCUUCAACCGCCCACGGAGGACGUGGCAUACUGCACUCUGGUGACGAAUGACGGCUAUGUUGUCGCCGCAGCCGUGCUGGCCCAGUCCCUCAGGGCGACCGGCACGAGGAUUCCGCGAUGCGUCAUCAUCACGCCCGAGACUAUGUCCGAGGAGUCCAUCGCCACGCUGCGCGGCCUCUUCGACCACGUCAUCCCCGUCCCGGCCAUGGCGGCCCUGACGACCACGAACCUCGACCUCAUCGGCCGCCCGGACCUACACGCCACCAUGACCAAGCUCCAGCUCUGGUCGCUCACGCAGUUCCAUCGGGUGCUGUACCUCGACGCCGACACGCUCGUGCUGUCGAACCUCGACCACGUCUUCGACCUGCCCGAGUCCGUCACUUUUGCCGCCUCGCCCGAGAUCGGCUUCCCUGACUGCUUCAACAGCGGCGUCAUGCUGCUGCGGCCCGACGCGGCGACGUACGCCGAGCUGACGGCCUUCGCGACGCGGGUCGACUCGUUCGACGGCGGCGACCAGGGGCUGCUCAACGUCUUCUUCGGGGACGGCACCAAGAACCACCCGUCGACGGUGCUCAUGCGGCAGAAGCAGCAGCACGGGGGCAAGAGCGCCGGCGAGGACGGCAACGCCGGCGAACGCAACUGGUUCCGGCUCAGCUUCACCUACAACAUGGAGAUGCACAGCGUGUACCGGUUCUACAUCCCCGCGGCUCUGCGGUACAAGGACCAGCACAAGGUCCUGCACUUCAUCGGCAAGGACAAGCCGUGGCACUACGAGAACGGCAGGGUGAACACGCCCGACGACGCGGGAGCCUACCAUCGCUUCUACGCUGACAUGGUGGGCAAGUGGUGGGAGACCAGGAGGUCCAUAGCGGCGGCGCUCUGAUCUGGGAAGGUUUUUCGUUUUUGUCGUUUUUGUCGGACGCGGCGGCGAGAUGACGUUGCUUUGUGGCACUUUGUCCAAGCCUGAGAUUCCCUUUGGAGUUUAAUAUAUUAAUCGCUCCUGCAUCAGGCGAUAACCCCCCCGUUCGUACCAAACCUUGGCCCUUUGAGUUUCCUCGUCCCUUGAACCAAGCCAGGACUGCAUACCUGAGGGAGUUUGUCUCAUGUGCCGAGAAGCCGGAGGCAGCGAUUUUUCUUCCGUGGCGAGUGGGAGAGUUUCGAAAGUGAGAUGUGAAUGAAAGCAAGGUAGAUAGCGGGAACGAGGUUAGGAGUGCGCUCCGGUGGUAGACCCGGUGGGCGAUGGGGUGGGGCAGAGAGGUCUCGGUCAGGAAUCCUCGGUGUGGACGAAUGCGCUAGUCCAGAACAGGACUGGGAGACUGGGGGACUGGGCCCCUCUCCGAUAAGAUAAAAAAAUUCGAGGCCGGCUCCAAAGCAA